CUUUGUCUGAUUUGCUGUAACAUGUAAAGGAGAAACUGGGACAUUUUACUUUACAAUCCUAUUGAAGAUUGGAUAUAACUUAAAAGAAGCAGCAUUCUAAUCGCUACAUAUUGGACUCCGGCCUCCUUUGACCUCAGGAACUGAAAAUGAGGUUGCUAUGGGAACUGCUUGUGCUGCAAUCGUUCAUGUUGUGCCUUGCAGAUGAUAAUACGCUGCAUGGACCAGUUUUCAUCCAGGAACCAAGCAGUGUUGUUUUUGCACUGGAUUCUGAGGAGAAGAAAGUCAAACUGAACUGUGAAGUCAAAGGAAAUCCUAAACCAACUAUAAGGUGGAAGUUAAAUGGAACCAUAGUUGACAUUGGUAUGGAUUACCGCUACAGUGUGGUUGAAGGCAGCUUGUUGAUCAAUAAUCCCAAUAAAAGUCAAGAUGCUGGAACAUACCAGUGCAUAGCAACAAACUCGUUUGGAACAAUUGUUAGCCGGGAAGCUAAACUACAGUUUGCGUAUCUUGAAAAAUUCAAAACCAGAACAAGAAGUACAGUGUCUGUCCGACAAGGACAAGGGAUGGUAUUGCUGUGUGGGCCGCCACCACAUUCUGGAGAACUGAUCUAUGCUUGGAUUUUUAAUGAAUAUCCAUCAUUUGUGCACCAAGAUAAUCGCCGAUUUGUUUCUCAAGAAACUGGAAAUUUGUACAUAGCUAAAGUGGAGAAAUCUGAUGUGGGGAAUUACACAUGUGUGGUGACCAACACUGUAACCAACAACAGAGUGCUGGGACCUACAACACCUUUAAUCCUGAGAAACGAUGGAGUGAUGGGUGAAUACGAGCCAAAAAUUGAAGUUCAGUUCCCAGAAAUGGUUCCAUCUGCAAAAGGAACAACUGUGAGACUGGAGUGUUUUGCACUGGGAAACCCAGUUCCAACAAUCAGCUGGAGAAGAGCAGAUGGAAAACAAAUACCCAAAAAAGCUCGGAGGCACAAAUCGAGCAGCAUUCUUGAAAUCCCAAAUUUUCAACAGGAAGAUGCCGGCCUAUAUGAGUGUGUGGCUGAAAAUGUGAGAGGAAGAAAUGUGGCCCGAGGCCAGCUGACGUUUUAUGCUCCUCCCAACUGGGUUCAAAAAAUAAGUGAUGCCCAUGUGGCUAUAGAGGAAAGCAUCCACUGGGAGUGUAAGGCAAAUGGGAGACCAAAGCCUUCUUACAGCUGGUUGAAGGAUGGUGAACUGAUUCUCCCUCAGGAAAGAAUUCAGAUAGAACACGGCACACUCACCAUAACCAACGUGAGCCUGUCAGACACCGGCAUGUACCAGUGUGUAGCAGAAAACAGAUACGGCGCCAUCUAUAUCAGCGCGGAACUGAGCGUAAUCGCUGUGAGUCCAGAUUUUUCCAAAAACUACUUGAAAAGGUUAACUCUUGUUAAAGUUGGUGGUGACGCAACCAUCGAGUGUAAGCCUAAAGCUUCUCCAAGGCCUACCUUUACUUGGAAGAAAGGAAAAGAGAUCCUAAGAGAAAAUGAGAGAUACACUAUCUUGGAAGAUGGAACGCUGAAGAUUGCCAAUGUCUCUAAAGCAGAUGCUGGAAGUUACACAUGCAUAGCCACAAAUCAUUUUGGAGUAGCCAGCAGCUCUGGAAACCUGGUAGUAAAAGAUCCAACACGGUUUAUGGUGGCACCUACCAGCAUGGAUGUCACUGCUGGUGAAAGUAUUCUUCUUCCUUGCCAGGUAUCUCAUGAUCAUCCGCUAGAUAUUAUGUUUACUUGGUCAUUUAAUGGACACCUGAUAGACUUUGAAAAAGAUGGGGAUCACUUUGAAAGAGUUGGAGGGCAGGAUUCAGCUGGUGAUUUGAUGAUCAGAAGCAUCCAGCUGAAUCAUGCUGGAAAAUACGUCUGCAUGGUGCAAACGAGUGUGGACAAGCUAUCGGCUGCUGCAGACCUGAUUGUAAGAGGCCCACCAGGUCCACCUGAAGCGGUGACAAUUGAUGAAAUCACAGAUACAACUGCUCAGGUAUCAUGGAGGCCGGGACCUGACAAUCGCAGCCCUAUUACAACAUAUGUUGUUCAAGCAAGGACCCCAUUCUCUGUCGGAUGGCAAGCAGUUAAUACAGUGCCUGAGGUCAUUGAUGGAAACACAUUUACAGCAACAGUGGUGGGUUUUUAAACCCAUGGGUUGAGUAUGCAAUUCCGAGUGCGUUGCUGAUGCCUAAUUAUGGAGAUAGGGGAACCAAGCAAACCAUCAGAGAAGAGGAGAACUGAGGAGGCUCUUCCUGAAGUCACUCCCAGCUAAUGUCGUGGAGGUGGUGGCACUAAAUCUGAGUUGGUGAUAACCUGGGAGACAGUUCCUGAAGAGUUGCAGAAUGGAGGUGGAUUUGGUUAUGUGGUUGCUUUUCGUCCAGUUGGGACAUUAAGUUGGAUGCAAACAGUAGUGGCAUCUCCAGAUGCCUCCAAAUACGUGUUUCGGAAUGAGAGUCUACCACCAUUUUCACGUUAUGAAGUCAAAGUGGGUGUGUACAACAACAAAGGAGAAGGUCCUUUCAGCCACGUCACAGUUGUUUAUUCAGCUGAUGAAGAGCCCAACAGAGCUCCAACCAGCAUCUUUGCCAAAAGCCUUUCUGCUUCAGAAGUAGAAGUAUUUUGGUCCAUGUCACCAGAAAUGCAGAGCAAAGGGAGAAUACAGGGCUAUGAGGUUAGAUACUGGAAACAUGGCGAUAAGGAGGAGCAGGCUGGAAGAAUGAAAACCAUGACCAACCAGACAUUUGCAAAAAUUAGCAACUUGAAGGGCAAUGCAUUGUAUCACUUGGCUGUCAAAGCUUACAACACAGCAGGGAUGGGACCUUCCAGUGCUGUAGUCAAUGUAACAACCAAAAAGCCACCACCAAGUCAGCCUCCUGGAAACAUUAUAUGGAAUUCAUCAGACUCGAAGAUAAUAUUGAAUUGGGAUCAAGUAAAAGCACAGAAUAAUGAAUCUGAGGUGAAAGGAUACAAAGUUUUUUACAGAUGGAAUAGACAAAGCAGUACCUCUAUAAUAGAAACUAACAAAACAUCUGUAGAACUUUCUCUGCCUUUCGAUGAAGAUUACAUCAUAGAAAUAAAGCCAUUUAGUGAUGGAGGAGACGGCAAUAGCAGCGAGCAAAUCCGAAUUCCAAAGAUAUCAAAUGCAUACGCAAGAGGAUCGAGUGCUUCUACAUCAAACGCCUGCACACUGUCGGCCAUCAGCACAAUAAUGAUUUCCCUCACAGCUAGAUCAAGUUUAUGACAAAAAAUAUCUAAAGGACUUCCUGUUUAUGAUAUAACUAAGCAACAUUUAGCUAGUUGUUUUGAAGACACCCAGUACUAAGUAAUAUUGUUGUUCAAGUACAUCUUACUACUGGAAAAAAUGUUUUAUGCUUCUCUAGGAAUGGCAUUAUACGGUACUUCCUCAAAGCAAAUAUAGCUUUGUCUGAAGUUUCCUUGGAAACUCUGCAAUGCACUGAAAACAUCUGUAAUAUGAUGUUACCAAAGCAGUUUACAUAUGUCCUUAUAUGCAUAUUUUUUAUUAUAUAUUUAGUGUUUUAUAGACUUUUUUAAAGUUAACAUAUGAUGUAGAUAUUGAUUUCAUUUCCCCUCUGCUAUAAAAUACUACUGAUGACAUUAACCUUGCAAAUAUAUAUAUAUGGUUUUGGAAUGUUUUAUGGCCAGAAGGUCGAAGUCCUCAGUAAUCAGUUUUGAAUUGAUUGUAUAGUUUUUCAAGAGUGCAUAUUGAAGGAAUUCUUGGCCUUGAUCUGUCCUUCAAGGUGUCUGUAAACAGAAGGGAUUCCUCUAUGUAUGCUAUGAAGCUUUUUCUUCUUCCCCUUCCCCUUCAUUUGGUCAUCCUCAAGUUUCAGACACACAUUGCUGAUAAGAUGAGGCUCUCAUUUUGGUCUAGUUUAAUGAGUUACUCCUCUCCAGGUCCCUAAGCAUAGGCUUUUCUCACAAGGAAAAGAAAGGAGUGUGAUGUUACAUAGACGUACAUGGGGAGCAGGGCAUAUGCCCCUGGCACAGCAACUGAGGGCUGACCGGCACAGAAGAGGUAAUAGUUUUGAGGAUCCUUCCAAUCUAUGUGGAAGGGAUGGACCAUGUCACUAUUUAAAGCUGUUACAAUGAUCUCAUUUCCAUCCAAUGCUUUUCCUAUACAAGAUUGUGUUUUCUGACGAUCAGAUGAUUCAAAUAAAUUAAUGCAUUUGCUUUCCACCUGUUGUUAAGUCAAGCACAUAAUAAUAAUCAUCUAGCUAAUAUUUUGAUGAUGCUUAUCAAGAUUUUUAUCUGAAUGUACUAAUUUAGCUUUCUCUAACAUUAAACAAAUAUUAUAUUUCUGUUCAUUCCAUUUAGCUGUCAUCACGCCAAUGGUAAAUUGAAACAGACACUGCUAUAAGACAUAACAAGAUUCUGAAUGUGGUGAAAGUCUGAAAUUCCAUCAGUUGACCAAUAUAUGUAAUUUUGGAUUUUCACAAUUUUAAUCAGGACGUCUGUGAUUCUGGGAGACUUUAAAUGAAAUAUAAUCAUGCUGACUUCUUGUCUGAACAGAUAUUUCUUUUGACAGGGAAAAGUUAACUGUAAUUCUCUAUAGAUUGAGUUCAUAAAUUUAACUACACAGUUACUCAUGUUUAUAAGAUUUUGUUUGACUAUAGGUCAUAAGCUAAAGAUAAUAACAUUCUUCUGAAUUACUGAUCUAAGAAGGCUUUUUUCCAUUAAAAAUGUUAUGUCCGGGUGUCUCUAUGCACUUCCAAAUAGUUGCUUUGUUUUUAAGAUUUCCAAUCCUCCUGGCUAGCAAAGAACCUGCUAUCUUGAUCAGAACCUGUUGCUUUGUGUUCAAAAGAUCAAGGUUCAGUUUUAUUGACCAGGUUGUCAUACAUGUCUAGCGUGUGAAUAAAAUUGAAUUCAAAUGUGAGUACAAUCCUACAUAAAGUCAUUUCAUGCAGCCUCCAUUCAUUCCAGUAAAGCUUGUACUGGAGCAUAGUUUGGUGAAUGAUCCAAUGUGUUCAUGCAAAGUGUGCAUGCAGAGCUUUUAAUGUAGACGUGAAGUUCUACACAAAUCUACACACGCAGAGCUUCUGUGUGCCCUAGAGUCUGGCACAGUACUGGAUCAAGUUUAAAAUUUAUAAGAAAAGUAUAUUAAUACAAAAGAGAUUUCUUACUAUGGAAAAUUUUUGUAAGUGUGCUCAGAUGGAUCAAUGAUAAUUAAAAUGAUAAGACUUUUCUAUUAAUUUUUCCCCAAAAUUUAAAAAUGCACUGCAGAGGUUUAUCAUUUGUUCUUCCUAAUAGCUUAAAUUUGCCUGUAACUUGUCUCUUUUGCUUCCAGAACAAUACAAGCUAACUUUUAAUCCUUUAAAAAAAUAUAUUUAUUAAGUAAUUCAUAACCAGAAUUCCACUUGUGUAAGUCAGGGGUGUUAACCAGAGAAAUAUUGUCAGUAUUUCAAGCUGUGUUCCUUUCUUAGUUUGAUAUGGUUACUUCUAUGUAAAAACAAAAAACAAAAAAACCCACAAAACGAAGAAAAUGAAAGAAAAAAAGCUUAUGUAGUUUUUCUCCCCAUUGUAAAUGAUAUUUAUCAGUGAUCUAGGAGAUGUAAUCUUUUUUAAAGUUAUUGGUAAUAAAUAUUCUGUUAUUUGUUAAGA